CAAUUAGGAAGAGACAAUGAGACAAACAAGUGGCGGUAAGAUAAUCCGAUAUAUAGUUAUCCCCGAAAUGUACUAUGUAAAGCUUUCUUGAUCGCCAAAAUUUAGCACUACUGUUCUAUAGUUUGAAUCUCUCAUUCUUUCUGCCUGUCUGGGUUACUAUGAAUUCAUAAAUCAUAACCCUUUUUUGAGUCCUUCGCCUCCACGAAAUCUCGUCUCCACCUAUGCAUACCUAUAAACAAUUAAUAUAAAAAAUCUUAUCUGAAAACUCGGUGAGUGGACUCGCCGAGUCAGCAUGACUCGGCGCUGCUCUCAUUGCAGCAACGACGGCCACAACUCCCGGACGUGUCCGUCCAGGGGCGGCGGCGGCGGCGGCGGCGGCGCAGCCACCGCAGGCGGCAGCGUUCGUAUUUUCGGGGUUCGGCUUACGGAUGGGUCGAUCAUGAAGAAGAGCGCGAGUAUGGGGAACUUGCAGGGCUCCUUCAUGAAGAAAAGUGCGAGUAUGGGGAAUCUCUCCGCCGCCGCCGCCUCGCCCGCCCACUCCACCGAUGGGUACCUCUCCGAUGAUCCGGCUCAUGGUUCUUCUUCUACCGAUCGCCGGGCUGAGAGGAAGAAAGGUGUUCCAUGGACCGAGGAAGAGCAUCGACUUUUCCUGCUUGGUCUACAGAAGUUGGGCAAAGGAGAUUGGCGGGGCAUAUCCCGGAACUUUGUUACUACGAGAACACCCACCCAGGUAGCAAGCCAUGCCCAGAAGUAUUUUAUCCGCCAGAGUAAUGCUACUCGGAGAAAGAGGCGUUCUAGUCUUUUCGAUAUGGUCCCAGAUGCGGGCAUAGAUCCCCAACCGAUGCCAGAAGAACAAUUUAUGCUCCCCCCACAGGCCUUAGAAACCGAGACUGCAGAGCUGGUUCCUUCUGCUUCAAAGGCGGUGGAAACCGACUCCGCGGACUCGCUGCCUUCCUUAGAUCUCUCUCUCAAGCCCGAUGUUGAUUCCAUGGACGCCACUCCAACCGAGCCCGUUCAAGACACGCGGGAAAAUUUUACAGUCACAACUGAAAUCCCGUUGGUCUAUCCACAGUUCAUCCCAGCUUACAUCCCUAUUCCGUUUCCAAUAUGGCCAUCAAACGCGGUUGCUCUGGAUGAAGAUAGAGGCGCAGAGACCUCCCGCCAUCAGAUACUGAAGCCAAUUCCAGUAGUCCCAAAAGAACCCGUGAAUGUAGAUGAACUCGUGGGACUGUCCCAACUGAGCUUAGGGGAAAUGCGUUCUGGCCAAAAGGAUGCUUUGCCCCUAUCGCUUAAGUUGACUGGAGAAUCAUCGAGGCAAUCAGCAUUUCACGCUAGAACUCCUGACAACAGCUCGGAAAUUAGCAAGGGUGAAACUACUCCAAUCCAAGCACUGUGAGUGGUCUUGGAAGUUUGGCUGAUAGGUUUUAUCCCCUCAUCCUUCCCAUUUAUGGUGUAAUUACUCUUUUGUUUUUUCCAUUCCUUCCCCUUUGUGCAUCACAGCCUAGGAUUUGUCAAAAAGACAUGAAAUAGGAUUUUAUCAAGCAGGAUUUUCUUGUCCUUUCUUGUAAUUUGUAAACAAUUUAGGAACUGAUAAUUUGGUCGUGAAAUAAACUUCACUGCUAAAAUUCAUUUCUUUAGUC